UUCGUGAGACACUGUGACACACACACCACUCAUUAUCCGGUCAAACUAUAUGAUCAUGCCGGUAGACUUAUGAUAACGGAAGCUUAACAAACUUUUUUUUUUCUGUAAUUGUCGCAUCAGCAUCUGUAACCGGUUGGGCUAAUGUCAAACGCCGUCGUGAAUGGCCUCGCCGGUGCCGGCGGAGGUAUAAUUGCUCAAAUAAUCACAUAUCCUCUCCAAUCAGUAAACACACGGCAGCAAACGGAGCGAAUCGCAAAGAAAUCGCAGUCGAAAGGAUCAUCUGGUGGUACACUUGUUCAAAUGCUGCAAGUAAUAAGAAGUGAAGGGAUUGGAGGGUUAUAUAGUGGACUCAAGCCUUCUUUGCUUGGAACUGCUACGUCACAGGGGAUAUACUAUUACUUUUACCAGGUUUUUAAGAAUAAAGCUGAAGCUAUCGCAGCUGCAAAUAAAAGAAAGGGUCAUGGGGACGGUACGGUGGGCAUGUUCUCGUGGCUUGUCGUUGCUGCUUUAGCUGGAUCACUGAAUGUACUGUUUACAAAUCCGAUAUGGGUGCUUGUCACACGUAUGCAGACGCAUACUCAAGCAGAACACAAGAUUCUAGAAGCAAAGAAGGAAGCUCUGAUAAGAGAAUACUCUGAAAGCAGUUUGGUUGGCUCUUCUUUACAAGAUAAGUUACGUGAACUUGACUCAGUGAAGCCUAACCCUUACGGGACGUUGCAUGCGGCAUACGAGGUUUAUAAUGAAGCUGGGAUAAGGGGAUUUUGGAAAGGCAUUGUGCCGACUCUAAUCAUGGUGUGCAAUCCAUCAAUACAGUUCAUGAUAUACGAGACCUCUUUAAAGUACUUGAAAGCUAAACAAGCUAAUAACAAGCUGAGUUCAAACAAAGUUUCUGCAUUGGAGGUAUUUCUCGUAGGUGCCAUUGCGAAACUUGGAGCAACUGUUACAACAUACCCACUGUUAGUCGUGAAGUCAAGACUUCAAGCAAAACAAGAAAUCAGUACAAACAAUUCUUUGAGAUAUUCAGGUACCAUGGACGCAAUUGUAAAAAUGAUUCGCUACGAAGGAUUUUCAAGCUUUUACAAAGGAAUGAGUACGAAGAUAGUACAAAGUGUAUUUGCUGCUUCUGUACUUUUCAUGAUUAAGGAGGAGCUUGUUAAGUUUUAUGCAGUAUUAGCAAAGAAGAGCCAGAAGAUAUUAUUAACUCUGUCAAGUUAGUAGACUGUGAUAUAUAGGGUAACUUGUAUACAUGUAUUUUAAUUGCAACACGAAGUAGAAAUGAAAAGUGAUCUUUGUGUGAAUCUGAACAAUUGUCAUCAUUGAGAUAUUUUUUGCUAUAAUAGAUGAGAUUUCAGAGAAAA